AUGUCAGCUCGUCAUUUGAAUCGCACAACAGAUUUUGACCCUUUCGUGUCAGACCAUUACUACCAAGCAUGCCUGGAGAAGUUGAUCCCCGCGCUAGACGAUCACAGUGUUACGAUGGAUGAUGAUUUGCUGGCUGCUACUGUCAUUUUACGCUUGCUGGAAGAGUUUGAUGUCCCACUCGCCGGGUCGGAUAUUCGAGGCCACUCCUUUGGGACAAAGGCUUUCAUACGGGGCCCAUCAAUGAUGACUACAACCCCGAGUCUACGGCAGGCUGUCUACUGGAGUGGCCUCCGCCAGGAAAUUUACAAUGCCCUUAGCCUUCACCAAGCCCCAGAUAUUGGCCUGAGGUCCUUGAACUUGAGUUCCCAUGUUAGCCCGCUGGGCCCUGAUGCAGGUGAUUGCGCAUGGGCGAAUGAAGCAAUCACUCAUUGUGCAGACGUUUUGAUAUUUUGUUUCGGGGAGGGACCUCGUUCGGUGGGGGUGCAUGCAGAGCUUAAGGUACAUAAUCAGCAAUGGAGGGAGACUCGGCCGGACUCUUUUGACCCAUACUUUGUGGGUGAAGAGGUGGAGGUGGGAGUUAAAUUGCCCGAUAUUCGUUAUGGGUGUCCCUGGCAUGCAAUUGGCAAUCAAUAUAUCGAUCUUGCCCAGAUUCUGCUUUCUGUGCAUGACCCAAGUCUGCCGACCGUUGGACCUCUGCGCAGGCGUCUGAUCCAGGAGGCUGAUGACCAUAUCCGCCGGGGUGUUUGGACAGUCUGUGGCGCCUCAUUAUCCAAUGCCUCUGUGCCCCCCGCCAUGGUUGUUGGUUGCAUGGCCAUCCAUCUAUGCGGCGAUCGCUUCACAGACCCACAUGAACAGCAGCUUUUGAUCCAAGUUCUUAUCCAAAUGGAUGCACUUCACGGCUGGCCUACGCAUGUACUCCAGCGACAGCUUCGGGAGACGUGGGGCAUACGUUGA